CAUGAUUGGUCUUUGUUCGUCUUUCUGUUUCAAUCACUACUAAAAGAAUCGGGAGAAAAACAAGGUGAUGAGCGAGAAGGCCCUCUCCAUUAUUCCAAUACAAGAGGAGCGAAAAUCCUAAAAGACCAUGCAACAGAAGAGUUUCUGGAGCUUAAGGAUGAAGAUGUAAUCGAAGCGUAA